CUCCUCACCGGCCGGGAGUCGUCACCUCGCCGCAGUCCUCCCUCCUUACAGCGGGAGAGAAGACACGCAGCAGCGCCACAGCCGUGGAGGAAAGUGAUUUUACCAGCGGAUUGUGGAGACUACUAGAAAGAUUACUUAAAGAACUAUUUUAACUCGGAUACUUGCGCGCACUUGGCUCUCCUGUAACCAUGGGGGACGUGGUUUCCUCUCACCUGGAUGAGAGCAAGAGGGAGAUGAUAACAGAUUGGACCGGAAGCGUGAUCAGAGACUUCAGUGACGUGUACGAGCAGCAGUACGCAGUCGCCUUGUUCAACAGCGUUCGCUUUGAGAUAGAAGGAGGAGGAGGACCGCAGUCGCAGCUGCUCCACAGGAAGGACCCUUUAGCAGGCCACUCCAUCUUCUCUGGGAGUCUGUAUCAGUAUCAGGAGGAGAGUCGGAAGUGGAGGAAUCGCUUUGUGUCCGUGCCGAACAGCUACAUCGUCGGCCUCUAUGAGAGCAAAACAUCACAUGAUCGGGGCCUCCACCCGAAAGUAUCUAUCAACUGUGCGGGGUACAAGGCGCUGACCUCGAUGGAGGAAUACAUGGAGCUGAUUAACACCAGUCUGCCAGGUAUCAAAGCCAAAGUGGCGACUAGUCCUUUCAUCAAGUGUGCGAGCCAGUUCCCCCUCAUCCUGUGGCACCCGUACGCCCGCCACCACUACUUCUGUGUGAUGACAGAGAAGGAGCAGAAGAAGUGGCACGCAGUACUGCAGGACUGUGUCAGACACAGUAACAACGGUCUGUCAGAGGACUGCAACGUUCAGACACCAGCCUUCACCGACUCCGUGAGACUCUACAGACAAGCUAAAGGAAACUACGGGACCUGGGAUAUGAUGUGCGGAAAGCCCCCACAGAUUCUUGCUAAUCUAGUGAUGGAGACCCUCCACCCAGAGCUGAGAGGCCUGGUCGCACCUCGUCUGAGGGGGAAGAUGCAGCAGAGGCAGCGGCAUUGGAUGUUGAUCUCUGACGCAGUGUACAAGCAGGUGUUGAGUCAGACCAACGUUCAGUAUGAUGCGCUGGUGGAUGCCUGCGAGGCCCAGAGUGCUCCACUGGACGCCAGACUUCGAACCGACAUGGACCAGAUCAUCGCGUCUAAAGAACACGUCAGUGGCAAGAUACGAGCUCUGGUGUUGCCCAAGGCGGAGCAAAUACUACGGACGAACGUGCAGCCCUACAUCAGCUCCAUCCUGGAGGCCCUGAUGGAGCCCACCAGCCGAGGGUUCUCCGAGGUCAGGGAAGUCUUCUUCAGGGAGAUGGUGGAGAUCAGCAAGAACUCACUCAACGGAGGGGGCAAAGACAAACUGGGAGACAACAUGGAGAGGCUCUCCAUGCUCGCCUUCCACCCGGUGAAGAUGCAGAGCUGCUACGUGAAGGUGGAGCAGCUGAACCUGGAGGGGCUGCAGCAGAGGUUCGACGUGGCCAGCCCCUCGGUGUUCGUCAGCAGGGCUCAGAUCCUCAUGAGGGAGCAAAUGGACAAUGCAGUGUACACUUUUGAGCAGCUGCUCCACCAGUCUCUGGAGACCCACGGAGAAAAUGACAUGUGCAAGAUAAUGCAGCGCUGCCAGGAAAGGGUUCUCAAGAAAUACGAUUAUGACAGCAGCACAGUGCGCAAGAAGUUCUUCAGAGAGGCUCUGCUGCAGAUCAUCAUCCCGUACAUGCUGAAGCAGCUGUCGCCAUCCUGCUCACCUGAGCUGCCUCGCUACAAAGAGUUUAUCUUUGAGGACUUCUCCCGUUUCCUGCUGGUGGAAAACAUGUUUGAGGAGCUGGUGCUGCAAUCAGUCUCCAAGGACAUCAUGAUGGCUGUGAAGGAGGCAGCGGUCCAGAGGAGACACAACCUGUACAGAGACAGCAUCAUUCUGACCAACAGCGACCCCAACCUGCACUUGCUGGGAGAGAGCUCUGCCGUGGACUGGGCGGCUGAAUUCGGGGCCGAUGAGCAUGGCGGUCUUGCUGGUGGCGACGUCGUUAAAGGAGGGGGUUCUGGGAGCAGACGCCGGCAGGUGGUGUCCAUGAUCCAGCUCGACGGGUUGCCUCUGCCCUUUGAGUCCUGCAUGGAGGUCCCAGGCGUGGAGCUCAUCCCUGAGGAGGACGGCGAGUUGUUUGAGGAAAAAGAGGGGGAGGAAGAGGAGGAAGAGGAGGACCUCGGCCCGUCGGAGGGCCCCAAAUCUCCUGACAGCGUGAAUGAAAUCAGGGGUCUGAUCAACCCGGUAGUGGAGAUGUUGGUUCCAGUUGCAGAGGAGAACAAGGACGACAUCACCAAUGGGACGGAGGCAACAACAGGCACCGUGACCAUGGAGGACGGGGUGCAGAUGGAUGUGACACACGUCACCACCGUGCUAGAGGACGUCCCAGUGAAGUCUCCCAGAGAUAAGACGUCCCCGCAGACAAUUCUCCAGGAGCUACUGAGAAGCAAGAAGCAGGAAGUGGAUCAGGAGGAAGCGGCCAUCCAGAACGCCAUCGAGGAAAUAGAGAUAGCGGUGCAGGAAGAGGACAGCGAAAAGAUUGUGGAAGUCUCCAAAGCGGAAUCAGAUUACGAGUCGUCACCAGCGCCACAGGUGGUCACAGACUCGAGCUCACAGAACGACAGCGGCUUCCAGUCGCAAACCAAUGAGGGGCAGGAUGAAGACGAGCAACAGCCAAUCACAAACGGUCUGAACGGAGAGGACAAAAUUAUUGACCCGAUGGAAGUGGAAGUGGUUUUAGCGUAGGAAGACAAUCCUAUGAACAGAACUGUCAAACUGGAGUGUGCAUCACAGGUAAUGGGAGAGAAAUAAUACGGACUGUUACCAAGGGAUUAAAGGACUAGUUCACCCCCAAAAUAACCAUUUUUUAUUCAUUAAAAAAAGGUUAUUUUUAGCAUGAAUCGAUGGGAAACAUAAAUCCGUACACCCAGUAAAUGACUGGAUAUACUGGAUUAUUCUGCACCAUUUGUCUCAGACUUUAUGAUACUCGAAUUCUUCAAGAAAUUUCUCAGUUUUUUGUUUUCUUUGUUCAUUGUGACGGCCUGCGAGAGGUUACACAGUGCUAGUAAUUCAUAAACAAAUGAUCAUUUUGGAGGUUAGCUACUCCUUUAAUUUAAAGUGCAUUGUUGUUAAUAUUGCACACUCCAUACCCAACUCUCCUUUCCGCCUCUAGACUUUAUAAUAUUUGGUGAUUGGUUUCUUUCUGUGCAACUAAUUGAGUCUCCAUGCAGAUUUCUUCCAGACACUGCUCGUUUAUGCUAUGUAAACAUGCUAAGGGUCCAAGAUAAGGAUCAGGGAUUUUAAAGCGGUAAUAAGCAACAACUAACUUAUUAAUGUUUCCAAGUUAUACUGCAGGUAUUCUUUCUCUUUGUGUUGCUUUCUUAUGCACAGCCUCUACCUGGGCAGCAGGGAGAGCUACAGUCAACCUUUAGAUGUUGUGUGGGGAAUUGUUUUUAUUUUAAAUAAUAGUAUCUAUUUUUAUAAAAGUUAAUUUUCUGAUGUAGUUCUUUUAAAAGCUUUUCCUGUAUUUGCAAAUGGCCGUUAUGUUUCAAUACUAUAUAUUUGCACUUCCAUGAUUUGAAAAGAAAGCCAUUUAAAUGAGAGAGAUUCUUAUUGUCAACUUCCAAAAUAUCACUGAUAUUGUUUUUAUUUUCUAAUGACAAUCCAGAGGCAUUUAGUUAUUUAAAAGCCAAUAUUUUCUAAUGUAAAAUUCAAAUUUUUAAUCUGGGGGAAACGUUUUAUUUGAUUUUAUGAAAUUCAGACGAGGUCGUAAUUCCUCAUCUGAAUACAAACAUAAUGUAAUAAACUUUACAUAUAAAACUUUAAUCCCUACAAAAAUAUCUGUACAAGUUUCCUAAAAAAUAACCAUUUAAUAUUGUACCAAGGGUAGAGGUAUUAGAGUAAAAAUUCGACAGAUAUAUUGAUUAAAAGGGAUAAACUUCAGGUUUUUCCAUGAUCUGCCUACCUGCCAUGCACCAACUAUAAGCCCUUUUAAGUCAAACGUUCCAAACAGUAACAGGAAAUGAAAAAACAGAGGAGGAAACUCCGCUGGAAAACAACACAGAAAGGAAAUGUUGGGUAAAUAAAGCACAAAUAUAUCAUUUUCUGUCUUAAUUUUUAUUAGAAUUAGUACCAAAUAACACAUUUCUUUGCAGGAACAUCUUUAAAAAAUUGCAAUUACAUAUCAAUUUAUUUCCAAAUGUAAUUACGGAAAACUUUGAACUCUCAUUUUGUGAUUCAGUGUCCUGUAGUUAAACCGCUCACUGUAUCCAAGGCACAUUUAGAGAUUGGUAAGAACCAAUCCUUCCAAUGGAGCAUGCUGUCUGUCACCUUCUCCUGUUUAUUUAUUACAAAUACCUGUCUGUGGUGUGAGCAGCUGUAUGCUUAGUGCCUUUCGCUUCUUGCAAUAAACUGUAUAUACUUAUAAAAAUAUGGAUGAAUAAAAUGAAUUCAUCAACUUUA